AUGCCUCGGCCGAGACAUCUCACAACAGCUCUUCCUCGACAAUUAAGAGAAGAAUUAGGACUAAAAGAUCGAUAUGGCGAAAAGAAACGGAAUCAAAAUCGAGUUGUAUCGCGCAAAGAGCGACGGAAGGAAGAGAGGCAUGAAAAGAAACAUCACCACCGUGCCGGGGUUAUGAAUAGAAGACAAGAGAUUGACAGUGGAUCUGAGGAGGAGAGUGAGGAGGAAUCUGCCAGCGAAGAAGAUGAGCAAGUUGCACCAGCAAAAGGGUCGAAAUCGCAAGAGACAAAAACGGUUGACCGAAAACAACCCGAAUGCAAGCAACCAACAAUAUCGAAAACUGUGAGGGAUAAACUGGCGCAGGACGACAAGGAAAUCGAGGCUCUUGAAAAACGGCUAGGAAUCAAAGGGCGGAACAAGCUACCGAAGUCCUUUGAGGAGGACGGCCUUGCUGAUCUUUUGGGUGAUAUUGGUGAAGACUCCGAUAUGGAGGACAAUAAGAAACGGAAACGCGAAGAACGUGAAUGGUUACAAAGAAAAAGAAGAAGGGCGCAAGGGUUAGACUCUGAGGGUGAUGAGGAGGCCAGUGAUGCCGGAAGCUGGGAUGGUCUUGAAGAAUCUGCAGGUUCAUUGGACGAGGGAGACGGCGAGUCAGAUGAGGAACUCGAGAGUGAAGAAGAAGAAUCCGAGGAUUUUGAGGGUUAUGACGAAGAUUUUGAAAGUGAAGUCGAAGUGCAAGAAGAGCCUAAAAAAGAGCGUGUCCGAGAAAAUCCUUAUAUUGCGCCACCCACAAAAACCCCUUCUGCUACGAAAUACGUUCCCCCAUCUCUAAGGGUCGCAGUCGGAAGCAAGUCCGAAGAAGAUGCAAGGCUACGUCGGCAGACACAAGGUUUGCUAAACAAGCUCUCAGAAGCCAACGUAAUUUCCAUCCUGAACGAUGUCGAGAAACUAUAUCGCGAGAACCCGCGUCAAAGUGUUACUUCGACGUUGGUAACGCUUUUACUUACUCUAAUAACUGAUCGGGCCGCAUUGCAAGAUACCUUUAUCAUUCUACAUGCUGGGUUUAUAGCAGGGUUGUACAAGUUGAUUGGAAUGGAUUUUGGUGCUAUGAUCAUUCAAACUUUGAUCGAGGCGUUCGACAAGUCAGCUGAUGAAAGGGGGCCGUUCACUGGAAAAGAACAGUUGAAUUUGGUUUCACUUCUUUCACAGCUGUACAAUUUCCAUGUGGUUGGAAGUAAUCUGGUAUUUGAUUACAUCCGUUUAUUCCUAGAGGAGAUCACGGAGAGAAAUACGGAGUUUCUUCUCAAAAUCAUUCGCAAUUCCGGCCCCCAGCUUCGACAAGACGAUCCGUCUUCUCUCAAAGACAUCGUCCUCCUCAUUCAACCAGCCGUAUCACGCAUUGGAGAAUCAUCCUUGUCUGUCCGCACAAAAUUCAUGAUUGACACCAUCACCGACCUCAAAAACAAUCGUAUGAAAACCGGCGCAGUGGCAUCCAGCAUAACAUCCGAACAUAUCACCAAGAUGCGCAAGAUAUUAGGAUCAUUGAAUAAUCGAAAUAUACGAGCAACAGAACCCAUCCGGGUCUCCAGGAGCGAUAUUCAGAACUCGGAGCGAAAGGGAAAGUGGUGGCUUGUAGGUGCCAGCUGGAAAGAAUCGGACCCUCUUGAGGCUGCUCGUCAGGAGUUGUCUACUUCUUCAGCCGCUAUUGGCACAAAUAAGGUAGUAACAGACCAGGACAGCGAUGGAGAGCUGGACUUAGUCACUAUCGCAAAAGCACAUCGCAUGAACACGGAUGUUCGACGCUCAAUCUUUGUAGCCAUCAUGUCUGCGACGGAUUAUCGAGAUGCUCACGCCCGACUUUUGAAGCUACGCCUGAAGAAGAAUCAAGAAUAUGAAAUUCCUCGUGUACUUGUCCAUUGUUCUAUGGAGGAAGAAGCUUAUAAUCCGUAUUAUCACCUCAUUGCUCGACGUCUUUGCGGCGAACUCGGCAGACGGAUCAAAAUGUCUUUUAUGUUCACUUUAUGGGAUGUAUUCAAACGUCUAGGCGAGACGAACGAUCUCGACGAGGGAGGCAGCGGGGAUGAAUUCCAUGGUUUCGACGAAGACAACAAUACAAAGCUAGACAUUAAAUCCAUCGUUAACCUGUCCAAAAUGUACGGCAACUUGAUCAGCGAUAAUUCCUUGAACUUGGCGAUUUUGAAAAAUCUCAACUUUGCAUACUUGCAACCCAAGACCAGGACUUUUGUCGAAGUGUUGAUUAUCACAAUCUUCCAACAAACUCGCCACGAAACAUCGUCCUCGGCGCGCAAGACAAAACCCACAGAUCAGAAGAAAAGGAAACAACCCGAGCACGAAGACGAGACCAAGGAUAAACAGGCUCUUCUCCUCACUCGAAUAUUUGCACAAACCCAUCAAACCGCACCGCACAUUGUUAAAGGAUUGAUCUAUUUUAUGCGCAAGGUUGUUGCCAAGUCAGAUAUUGUUUCAAGUAGCAAGGAGAAGAAACUGGUCAAAUGGGGUUGUGGUAUUGCAGUAAAUGCUUUGACUGGACUUGACAAUAAGAAUACUUGAGUUGAAGGAGAGCUGAAAUCCGGAUACGAGUCCAUGAUCCUUGAGCGCGUUUGAAUGUUGUACACUUUCGUAUAUUAUAUGUAACUAUCGAUAUACGUAUCAUAUAUUGUUCAACACUGCAUGUUGUGACCUUCGUUUCAGCAUUAAGGUUCCGUUGCAUCUUACUCUACCAGACCCUCUUUUUGAUACACUAUUUCUCAACAUCAAACACUAUCAUCAAGUCUGACUUAAUAAAUCCCACUCUGCUACCACCCGCCAUGUCUUGCGCGUAGAACAUGUAGAAGUCGUGAGGUGUAUAUCUGUAUUCACUUCGUCUUCAUCUUCAAACUCAUCCUCGGGCUUAGAGCAAGAAGAAGCAACGACUCGAUGACCAACCCGUGUUUGGUUAUUGUGGAUUUUAUGAUUGACGUUGAAGGAGUCUACCUCAACUUCCCAUGACAGGCCUGAUCCGACUCCGAUGAUAUCGCCCGGUUUCAGUUUCUCACUUUGUGCUGAAAUGUCUCUAGUCGACUGACCAGUACUGUUGGUACGUGAACGAGAAGCAGCCACGCCUAGUAGCAAGAUAGUCAUAGGUUGAGAACCAUGCUCGCUAUCAAGUGAAUCUUUUCCUCCAGCUAAUUCUGGCUUUACUUGAGCCCUGAUAACCGGGCCGGAAGACUUGAGAUAUGCGUUUUCACACAUAUGAACCUUCCCAAUCAUCGAAUAUCGAUCCUCUCGCUUUUGACGCGAUUGUUCUGAUGUUGCUUUGCGUUUCAUAUCAGUCUCCAUAAUCCAGUCUCGAAGCUGCUCGGCCAUUCCACCAGGCAUAUAAGCUGCUGUUACUGAUGACUUUGGUCGUCCGGGACGCCGAAGACUACGAGUUGCCACGGGUGAAAAGGGCCCUGGAAUAGCCGAUAAUGAAGCAUCUUCUCGAUCUGGUGAUGGGGAUCGGGGUAACACGAAUGUCGGUUUCUUCCGCGUAUUCUGGCGUGUUGAAGUAGAGGGUGUAGCAGUUGAUACAGGGGUAUAAUUCGCUGAGAGAAUGAACCGUGGCCUGCUGCUUGAGCGGCCGUCGUCAUAUUCCAAAGCAUGAUCUGGUGUUUGUGGUUCAGAAAGUGGGUCAAAUGUCUCAGGCGCAGCAAAUUCGUUGUUAAAUGGUUGUUGAUCAAAGCCCAGCUGUGAGAGUGGUGAUGUCAUCACGUUUCUGGGUUUAUUCUGAGCCGGUGGUGAUGGCGGAGAAUCUGGUAUGAAUGGACUCGAAUCGUUUAUUUCAUCAAAAACAUCAUCAGUACCCUCGCGACUGAUUCUGGCUGG